GUGCGACUGCGAAUCCUCACCGAAGAUCCUGAAAGAGAAAGACAGGAAAAGCAGUUUUUUUCUGCCAACCCGCUUUGAAUCAGAUCUAGGGCACGACACACGUAGAGCGACUCUUCUUUUUGUCGUGAAUAAUCGUGAAAGAAGAUGCGGUCUUUGUACACUCUCGCCCUCGUUGGCUGCAUUACUGUGGCGGAUGCUUUUAUGCUGAAGAAGCUGGCAAAGAAGAAUCGCGACAAGCUGAAUCCAGGGGAGAUCGCGGAAGUUCUGCGCGCGAAGAGCAACUCCGCCAAGACCAUGGUGAACACGAACGAGUUGCCCGUGGCCUGCCAAUAUGCAUUGUAAAAGUAUCCUCGCGCUCGUACUAACUGCAAUGACUAUGCCUAUGCGCGGCAACUUGCGUCCUUAAUGUAUGCAGAAAAGCAUGAGAAAUUCCAGGUCCUCCCAUGCUGAGCUUCAAAUUUGUAAUGCAUUUUGUGCUAAGUGCGAUACUUUUGCAAUGCAUAGCGAAGCCAUCCAGUGUGCCAACAUCGCGGACAUCUGCCCGUUGGACAUCGUGUGGGAGAAGGGCGCUUGCUGCCCGGUGUGCCAGACCGAGGGCUUCAAGCCGGGCAUGCCGCCGGUCACGGAUGAGUACCUGGUCGAAAUGUGGGAGGGUGCCGACAUGGCCUCGGUAAGCAAGGUGAAGUUGUAUGUGUGUGGGUCGAUGAAGGCACAUUUUGAAUUUUGCAAAAAAUACUAAUACUUGAAAUCAAAAUCUGGCGCGACAAACCCACCCAAGAACGGCAUUGAUGUGUCCUCUCCCUCUGUGUGUUUGAUGCGGUAUCGUGAUCUAGCUUGUUAUGACGAGAGUGGGCAAAAGCGGCCGUGGGUCGGUGAUUUAAAGAAGCUGGAUAAGCAUCGAUCUUAUUCACUCACGCGUUUUCAUCCUUUCAUAGCCGUGCAAGGACGUGAAGUGCUUCCGCCUCCAGUGCCCGAAGGGAGAAAAGCCGGCUGCGCCGUCCGGCGGCUGCUGCAAGGUCUGCAAGAAGUAAUCCGUCGAAGUUCUUGCGUGGAGAAUAUACCGUCGUUAAAGUUCAAGUUCGACGGUUUUGUUGGUUGUAGAAAGUAAGCACGUAGGUAGAACUGCUUCUUAUCUGAUUUUGGUUUCACUGUACAAAGGUGGAGGUGCUGACACUGAGAAGUAUUGUAGAUUCGGGACAAGCUGCGUGUCCUUUAGAUUUUUUUUCCGAUGUGCAACUAUUUCUACUUGAUGUUUCGAGUUCGACCCAGUCUAACUCUAUUAAUUUCUCUUUCUUGUUUAUUUUACAUGACAAUAGCGACUUUGGUCCAGUAAGGACCCGAAGCGUUUAGAGCAUGACGAUUCAUCAAAACGCUUUCGUAAAAAACUCAGGAAGUGGACGCUUUGUUCAACAACCGAUAUUCUAUUUCACAUUGAUCUCGGUUUUUUUUUUACGAUCCGAAUCAAGUGGAUCCAAACGACUUAGGCCAGCAUCGGUAUG